CGGAGCGGGAGCGCGCGUGGUGUCCCCGCCGCAUGUGACGUAAAUAUUUUGUACAGGAGCGAUCCUUUUAGCAACAACCCUGUGGUGGCGUGGGAGACAGAAAGUCUGUGCAGCUAAUUUCACGAUCACUUGUGAACACAGUGGGCAGUGCCUUGGUCGAGCUGAAGGUUGAUUUCGAGAUGUCGGAGGAUAAUGACGAAACACAAACCGCAGAGGAGACGCCGGUUGAGGAGACGGAGUCAGAAGACAAGGUGAUCAGUCCAGAGAAGGCAGAAGAGGCUAAACUGAAGGCCAGGUACCCCAACUUGGGACAUAAGCCCGGAGGUUCUGAUUUGCUACGCAAACGUCUGCAGAAGGGGCAAAAAUACUUUGACUCUGGUGACUACAACAUGGCUAAAGCCAAGAUCAAGAACAAACAGUUGCCAACAGCUGCACCAGAGAAGACCGAGAUCACGGGAGACCACAUCCCCACCCCGCAGGACCUGCCCCAAAGGAAACCCUCUCUGGUGGCCAGUAAGCUGGCAGGCUGAUCCACAUGCAUCCUUACGGGCCCCUGCAGCACCUCAUGGCCCCAUAACCCCACUCCAUCCAAGUCUCAGAGCUGUAACAUUACCCACCCAUGCACCCCACCCUCACUCUUGCCACUCUCUCUGCUGCACCCCACCCUGGACUACCCUAACAGCCAGUCAAGUGGCUGGCUAAUGGCUUCUUAUCGUUUCUGUUUUUCUUUCAGCCUUUUCUGGUUCAGCCCCUGCUGUCUGCCCCACCUACUCAGCCCCAGGGACUUUUCCUUUUUCCUUCAUAUUUUUUCUUUUCUUCCAUGUAAGAUACAAUAAGAGUGUGUUGAAUGGUCUGUGAUGCCCCUUUGUACAGUAAGGCUACUGGUUUAGGAUGGGCAAGCAGCAGAAGCAACAACACACACAUUUGAAAGGUUUUAGCGUAAAGACAGGGUUCCUCAGAUGAUUGGAAGAGUUUAUGCCUGUAGCUGUAUGUGUGUGUAUAUAUAUAUAUAAAUAUAUUUGUCUUUGUUUGGCACAGGGAGGGGAGAGAAGUCAGCCUUUUUAGAACAUUUUACAUCUAAUUAGUGAAUUAUUGAUUUUGUCUGUAUGUUUGAGGAAUGAAACGCUCUAAUGCGAAGGGAAAUCUUGGUUUAACAUUUUCCUUCCUAAUAAAAGCAAACAUGUUCCGAUGGGAAUGUCAUAUUGAACUACAUGCAUGGAUUCCUUAAAGCAAACUUCACUGUUUCCUCUUGAUUUCAUCAGAAAAAAGGGCAGGUGUUCAGACAGAUGGCGAUAUGAUGGCGUGGUGUACAGAUGCACUCAGUUACAGGCCAAUGAUUCAUUCAUGACAUCUUGGAUCGUGUGUUCAUGUCAAGACUGAAAGAUGACGACGUUCAGAUUUGCACCACAUUUUUCAGGUGCAGUGCAGUCCUCUGCUGGGGUCACAGUUGUCACCAAUGAAUCAUUGUGCUCAAUGAAGGGGAAGCCGGUGGAGGGGGGUGUGAUACAUUAAAGGUAAAAUCCUGUAACUACAUGGGGGACCAGUUUGUGUCUGGUGUGGUGUGACAAUAAAAAAAUGUAUUAGGAACAAGUAAUGUAAUAAGUUUGGGAGGUAGGGGUUUGUAAUCAUAAGUUGCAGCUGUUUUAUCUUAAGUGUUCUCAGCUCUUUGUUAUGCUUUUAAAGCAUCAGUGAUGGGGAUGCGGGAGGUCGAUGCUAGGGUGACGUCUGUGUGAGCUCUGCAUGCAUAUGGCUGCCCUGCUGUCACCAUGUGCCAUUUUGUUUUUGUAAAUAAAAUAGUUUUGCACAAA